CCAUCCUGCAUGAUGUCAGGCGGCUCCCGGCGAACGCACCCGGCUGGGAGCCGCUCAGCGCCGCGGGGACCGGGCUGGGGAGGCAGCCGGCGCCUGGGGUGGCUCCGAUCUCUUUAUGCCCCGCAAGCAGCGCGCUUGGGACGCCCCUGUCCUGGGGGGGCGGGCGGCGGGGGGCCCGGCCGGAGGGACAGGUGUGGCGGGGGAGCGAGCGCGCCGGGAGGCAGCCAGCCGGAGACAAUGAGGCCGGGAAGCGGCUGGGUUCUUUGCCUUCUCCUCUUGCUUCAGAUGCGGCCCCAGGUCCCUGAAGCAGCUGGCACCUUCGAGCUGCAGAUCCGGCUGAUGCACAACGAGCAGGGGGUGCUGGCGGACGGGCGCUGCUGCCAGGGUGGGGCAGAGCCUCCGUGUCCCGGCGGGGAGCAGUGUCGGAUCUACUUCCAGGCCUGCCUGAAGGAGUACCAGCUGCGUGUCCUCCCUGGGGGGCCCUGCGUGCUGGGGGCUGGCGCCACCCCCGUGCUGGGGGGCAACACCUUCACGGCCAAGCCCAGGAGGGGUGCAGAGCAUGCGGGCAGGAUCACCAUGCCAUUCCAGUUCGCCUGGCCGCGUUCGUACUCACUGAUCCUGGAAGCCUGGGAUGCUGACAACCUCACUGGCCCCGGCACCCCGGGCGGGGGGUCACUGGUGGAGCGGGUGACGCGGUCGGGGAUGCUGAACCCGGGCGAGGGCUGGCAGGAUUUCCGGCACCAUGGGCGAGGCACGGCGCUGGAGUACCGGCUGCGGGUGCGCUGCGCCCACCACUACUACGGCCCCGCCUGCAACCGCCUGUGCCGGCCCCGCGACGACUUCUUCGGCCACCACGGCUGCGACGCUGCUGGCAGCAAGGUCUGCCUGGACGGCUGGACAGGAGAGGAGUGCACUCGGGCCGUUUGCCACCAGGGCUGCCACGAGCUACAUGGCUUCUGCGAGGAGCCUGGAGAAUGCAAGUGUCACUACGGCUGGACGGGCUCCAACUGCGACGAGUGCGUCCCCUUCCCCGGCUGCCUGCACGGGACCUGCACCGAGCCCUGGAAGUGCGACUGCGACACCAACUGGGGCGGGCUGCUGUGCGACAAGGACCUGAACUACUGCGGCUCCCACCGGCCCUGCCGGAAUGGUGGCACCUGCACCAACGCGGAGCCGGACGAGUACCAGUGCCUGUGCCCCGCGGGCUUCCGGGGCCGGGACUGCGAGAGGGGGCUGGACGAGUGUCUGCCAGAGCCCUGCGCCCACGGCGGAACCUGCCACCCCCUCCCGGAUGGGUUCAGCUGCACCUGCCUGCCCCAAUGGACCGGUAAAACCUGCCAGCUGGAUGCCAACGAGUGUGAGCGGGAGCCCUGCAUGCAUGCCCAGGGCUGCAAAAACCUCAUCGGGGGCUACUUCUGUGACUGCCUGGAGGGCUGGGCCGGCCCCAACUGCGAGACCAGAGAUGACAGCUGCCAGGGGCGGUGCCGCAAUGGGGGGCAGUGCCAGGCGGUGGGUACCGGGCACGUGUGCUCCUGCCCCGCUGGCUACACGGGCGUGGCCUGCGAGACGGAGCUGGGGGGCUGCGCCAGCACCCCCUGCCAGCACGGAGCCCAGUGCCAGGAGACGCCUGGGCAGGGGGUGGUGUGUAGCUGUCCGCCUGGCCUCAGUGGGCCCUUCUGCGAGGUCUGGCUGGAUCUCUGCUCCCCGAACCCCUGCCCCAGAGGGGCUUCAUGCCUGGGCGGGGCAGGCAGCUACGUGUGCUCCUGCCCGGAGGGGGGCUGCGCAGAGGCCACCGACCAGACCCUGCUCUAUGCCCUGCUGCCCCUGGCGCUGUUGCCCCUCCUGGCCACCCUGCUCUGUGCUCUCCUGGCACUCUGGACCCGCUGGAAAGGCCGGGCACUGCCCCCGCAGGAGCUGCUGGCCAACAAUGCCCCACGCCUCAUCCACAACGCCACCCGGGGGGACCAUGGCCAGCCCCUGGACAAGGAGGGGCUGGAUUUCCCCCUGCCCCGCGGCCUCCCCAAGACGGACAUCUCCAACCUGGAGAGAGCCAAGCUCAAUGGACUCAACGUGCCGGUCGACCUGGAGCUCAAGCUCUGAUCCAGCGUGGGGGGAGAGCAGGCUGGGCCCAUGUUGCCCCCCGCCCAUGCCGUGGUAUAAGGGAAUCAGGGUGGGGCUCAUCCCUGCCUGGGGGCCCUCAUGCCUCCUGAUUCCCCCCAGCUCUGCUAAAGCACCUUAACCGUCCCUCCGUGCCAGAGGAGCACAUUCACUCUCCUCGCCCCACCACACCAAUGUGGGUCCAACCCAGCAGGGCGCCCCUUGGAGGGGGGUAAUUCAGACCAGCCAGCUGAGGCUGCCCCAGUUCAUCACACAGGUGGACGCUGCCAGGGGUGGGGAACCGGAUGCCCAUGGUAGCUGGAAGGAGCCUGGCCUGCCAGCGAUCUGCAGCUCCAGCACGAGGUAACAGGCUGGCUGGUGAAGAUUCCCUGCCAGGCUGCAAGUCCUUGGCCAGUGAGCUGCAUAGUAGAAGUGGAGUGGACACGAGGGAAACGCAACUGGUAUAUUGUGGGCAACUGGUGGGCUUGGAGGGGUGGCGGGAUGGGACGCGGGGCCUUUCCCCUCUAGGGGGCACCAUCUCCAACCUGGCCCUGGGGCAUAGGGGGACUGGCUGGCUCAGGGGGGGUGGGGAAAGGGACGUGGGGCUUUUCCCUCUAGAGGCGCUGGCUCUGUUCCCCCUGAAAUUCAUUCCCAUGGUCAGCGUGAAACAAGUUUGCAGGACUCAGCCCAGUUCCUAGUGGGACCAGUGCCCACAUCCCUCCUGUUCAGCCCUCACUGAUUGUCCCAGCCGGCAGCUUCUGCAGAGGGACAGGCUGUGGAUAAUGAACUCCAUCCGCCAAGGGUGUCCCAGGGUGGGACUGAGGCAGGGGGCGCUCUGUCAGGGUGUGGGGGGGGCGAUGCUCCCCCCACGUCUGCCUGGUUUGCUCUCACUCCGUCCAGCCAGAUGCCUUGAAUGCUGACGGUUGUCAAUCUGGUGUCUGUGCUCCAUGAACGGAGACCAGAUCUGCCAUUCCCAGGAGCUCCAAGCCCCACCGUCCACCCCUGCCCAUCACCCAGCCCAGCCCCGUCUGCUUCUGUUCUGAGAAGUGCGUUGGUCCCUCGCUAAGCCCCUCUGUCUUCGAGCCACCCACCUGAGAAAGAGUAGUUGGGGCUGGAGGGAAAAUUUCCAUCAAAACUGAUUUUUUCUAGGGGAAAUUGGGUUUUCGACCAAAGAAAAUUUGUUUUGAAAAGCACCUGCUCCCCAGGAAAUAUGCCACAAAAAUCAAACACCCAAGACACCAAAAUAUUUCAAUUUAGACGUGGCACCCCAGUGCCUCAUGGAAGUCAUAGGUCAGUUGCCUCAUACUUUUCUACUCUAUGGGUUGGGCUUUGCUAUUGGACUACAUUUCCCAUGAUGCACCAUGGCAAGGGACUCCCCUAAUGCAUCAUAGGAGAGGUAGUGCAACCAGGCAGCCUGGACAACAGAGAAUGGGAGCAUGAGGCAAUGGAACUACAUCUCCCAUGAUGCACCACAGAGUCCCUUCGUGGAGAGGCGGUUGCAUCUGGGGAGCCCUCAGCUAUGGUGAGUCUGGCUGGGGAGCCUGGAGAAUAGAGAAUGAGAGCUUAGGGCACUUUAACUACAUCUCCCAUGAUGCACCAUGACCUCUCCUCUUGGCUAGGUGGUUGCAUCAUGGGGAUCUGUGGCCAUGAUGCACCAUGGGAGAUAUAGUCCAGUUGGGGAGCCCAGCCCACAGAGGUAAAUCAUGUAGCAACAGAACUACAUCUCCCAUGAUGCACUGCAGCAGCAUUUCCAAAUCAAGCUAUUGCAGUAAUCUGAGUUUCUGCCAGAAGUCAACAUUUUCCAUGGAAAAGCCCCCCUCUCCCCCCCAAUAUUUUCAAUCAGCUCUUUGUCUAGGGGACCCCUUGGAAAUUCCCCAGCCCCACCCCGACAUACACACACACAGCCUCCCUUGCCUUCCUAUUGGGCCUAUGAUUAGGAAAAAUAAAUCAUUCUGUGCCAGAGUCAAGGCACACUCCCCAGCACUGAAGGGGCGGGGCUGUGUAUUGCAGCACCCCCUGGUGGCAGGUGUGUGCAUGUGCUGAAUGUAUCUCUGUUGUAUGAUACUGUACAGAUUCCUUCGUAGAGUUUUUGUGACCUCUUUGCUUUUUUGUACCAGGUUCUAUGCCGCCCCCGGCGUGAGACAAGCUCGCUCAGGGUCAAAAGUAUGAACCACGAAUAAAUAUUUUCCAAGCCUCA